UCAAGGGCACUUAUUCCGCUGUUGCACAAACUCAGACGGCAGAAGUCAGGUAACAUUACAGGAGGACCAAACUGAGUAAUACACCAUGAACUAUACGUUUCUCAGGUCAACCAUACUUGUCUUCCUCUCCUCAGCAGGUCUUUGCUAUGGAGCCGGUGUGCUCACUGUCGACUUACUUAGUGAAGUAGCAGGGCAGAGUGUGACCUUCACAACAUCUGUAAAACCGGCAGCUGAACCAUUUAUGGCAUUGACUUGGAGCUUCAAUGGUACCACCAAUGUAAUAACUUCAACCAGUGUAGAUGUAGUGGGACCAGGCUAUGAGAACAGGAUCAUCCUGGAUAAAUCUACUGGAUCUUUGGUGCUUAGAAACCUGACUGAAAAGGACAGCGGAGAAUAUGACUUAAUCAUCAUCCCACAUGGAGCAGGGCAGAUUCAAGGAACUGCUAAACUGGACGUGCUGACCAAAGUGUCGAAACCCACUAUGGCCUGCCCCACAGAAAACUUAAUAGAAGGUAAAACCUCCCUGAACCUAACCUGCGAUGCUGACAGCUUUAAGUCUAGAGUGUGGAUGAAGGACGGAAAACCUCUGGUUUCUGGAGAUGGAUUCAGUUUUCACGAUGGCAACAGAGUGUUGUCCAUCAGCCCCGUGAACAGGAGAGACACGGGAGAGUUUCUUUGUAACGUUAGCAAUGAUUUCAGCUUUGACACGGCCAAAUGCAGGCUUGAAGUCUAUUAUGGACCUGACAGACCAAUAAUCGUUCAGACACCAAUAGGAGCAGAACUGGAAGAGAGUGUUGUUCUUAGCUGCUUUGCUGAUUCCCUACCUAAGGCAACUUUCCUCUGGACGUUCAAACACAUGAUGAUGCACGGGUUUGUACACUACAUUCGUGAGAUGGAAGAGAUGGACCUGGGGAGGUACACCUGCACCGCCCAUAACCCUAUCACUGGUCUGAAAGCCUCUGUGUUCCACAACCUGCAUGACUCCUCCACUCCCAUCAGUGGUUCUAUGUCCAUGUUUUGCAUUGUCCUGACCACGGUGGCACUCAUAUCGGUCUAAAGACUGUAUAUUGUCUGUGGAAAUACUAGAUGUUAUAUAACAAGCUUGCUCAUUUUGAUCUACAAUUGGAUUUACUUUAGACAAUGUGUGU